AUGCCUCCAGGUCACUGUGAUAUACCCCCAGGUCACUGUGAUAUACCUCCAGGUCACUGUGAUAUACCUCCAGGUCACUGUGAUAUACCCCCAGGUCACUGUGAUAUACCUCCAGGUCACUGUGAUAUACCCCCAGGUCACUGUGAUAUACCCCCAGGUCACUGUGAUAUACCCCCAGGUCACUGUGAUAUACCUCCAGGUCACUGUGAUAUACCUCCAGGUCACUGUGAUAUACCUCCAGGUCACUGUGAUAUGCCUCCAGGUCACUGUGAUAUACCCCCAGGUCACUGUGAUAUACCUCCACUGGAUAUACCCCCAGGUCACUGUGAUAUACCCCCAGGUCACUGUGAUAUGCCUCCAGGUCACUGUGAUAUACCCCCAGGUCACUGUGAUAUACCUCCAGGUCACUGUGAUAUGCCUCCAGGUCACUGUGAUAUGCCUCCAGGUCACUGUGAUAUACCACCAGGUCACUGUGAUAUACCCCCAAGUCACUGUGAUAUACCCCCAGGUCACUGUGAUAUACCCCCACUGUGA